UCUUUAAAUGCUGUUCUCAGCGCGCGGUCGCAGUUCAUUCCUUUCAUUGCUUUUUCAAACAUUGUCCAUUGAAGUUUUAUUUUCGGAAUUAUAUAGUUUCGGUAUCGAUAAAUUUAUGAUUUUCGGAUAGCGAAUGAGAAGAAAAAAAAAAAGAGAUAGAAUCUAUCGAAUAGAAAUAUAAUUUGACGCGUAAAUAUUAACAAUUUGUUGUCCAGCAAGACAAUCGAUUUGUUUACCAAUUUGUAUUUAAUAAAUUGAAAUUUUGCAAAUAGAAAGAAGUUUCAGUAAGAAAGUUAUAAAAAAGUGACAGUAAGUGUGACACUGUGACAGUUCAAGUGCAGUUCUUGUUUUUUUUUUUUUGACAUUUCUCGCAAAAAUAUAGAACAUUUUUUCUGCUUCUCCAGAAAACUUCUCUCACCUACCCAUAAUAAUCUACUACAUUCUGGAGCAACGAAAUAUAAAACCCCACAACACAAUACAACAAUGACACAUAUCAACUAUCAACGACACACUUGUUGUAGCAGGACAUUAUGGAGCAUCCUGAGAAUUGCCUUCAUAAUUUCUGCACUCACAUUGCAAGUGACAAGAACGGAAGUAUUUACCGCUCUAGCUGAAAUGGAAGAGCUCCUUGAGACUGAAUCGGUGCUGCUAAGCAAUUUAGUGGGUUACAUUGGAGUACAACAACACAAAUUAAAUUAUCUCAAAAACAAAGUCGAAGAAUACCGACGAGAACACACUGAAGCAUCAGCAGACAUCUCAACGUAUGUCUCGAAUCCCAUAAACGCAUAUCUCCUCACAAAAAGACUUACAUCCGACUGGAAACAGGUGGAAAAUCUAAUGGCGCAAGAUGUUGGAAGUGAAUUUUUGAAAAAUAUCACAAACUAUCGAACCGUUUUGAAGUUUCCAUCCGAUGAGGAUCUUAAUGGAGCUGCUGUAGCGCUGAUGCGACUACAGGACACAUACAAUCUGGAUACGUCAAGUGUGGCCCGGGGACAACUCAAUGGCGUACAAUACAGCACGGAAAUGUCCUCAGAUGAUUGUUUUGAAAUGGGACGACAGUCAUAUGUAAAUUCAGAUUAUUAUCAUACGGUACUUUGGAUGCAGGAAGCCAUGUCAAGGCUAUUGGAAGAGCCAGUUAAUAGAACGACAAGUUUUAGCAAAGCGGAUGUUCUUGAGUACUUGGCUUUCUCCACUUACAAACAAGGCAAUCUAGAAAGUGCCCUUACAAUGACCAACGAACUCCUCGAAAUAGUUCCUGAUCACGAACGUGCAAGUGGCAACAAAGUCUUUUACGAAAAAGAACUUAAAGAACUACAGGCUUCAAAAACAAUCAAAAAGAAAGUUAAACGUGAUGAUGGCUCAGAGGACAUAGCCAUUUCUGAUCUCCCAAUUGAAUUAAAAGAAGAACCCGAAAUUUAUGACCACUCUGAACGUAAGGUCUACGAAAUGCUUUGCCGUGGCGAUCUAAAACCAAAUCCAAGUCAACUUAAACAUUUACGUUGUCGUUAUGUGAAUAAUGGAAUACCAUUCCUUCGCUUAGCUCCAUUCAAAUUGGAAGAAAUCCAUGACGACCCAAUGAUUGUGAUAUACCAUGACGUCAUGUAUGACUCUGAAAUUGAGCUGGUCAAGAAAAUGGCCAAGCCACGUUUCCGUCGUGCCACCGUACAAAAUGCAAAGACUGGCGAGCUCGAAACAGCUCACUAUAGAAUAAGUAAAUCCUCAUGGCUGAAGACUGAAGAACAUCCCUCCAUUGGGAAUAUUGUCCAGCGUACAGCUGACAUGACUGGCCUCGAUAUGGCUGCUGCCGAAGAGCUGCAAGUGGUUAACUAUGGCAUCGGUGGUCAUUAUGAACCUCAUUUCGAUUUUGCCCGAAAAGAAGAGUCUCGAGCUUUUCAUAGCCUUGGAACUGGCAAUCGUAUUGCUACAGUUCUCUUUUAUAUGAGCGACGUUGAACAAGGUGGAGCUACAGUUUUCACUGCACUCCGCAAGGCACUCCAGCCAAAAAAGGGCACAGCAGCAUUUUGGUGGAAUUUGCAUAAAUCCGGCGAGGGUGAUUUCAGAACGAGGCAUGCUGCAUGUCCUGUUCUCACUGGGUCCAAAUGGGUUUCGAAUAAAUGGAUCCAUGAGCGUGGGCAAGAAUUCAUACGUCCAUGUGGUCUGGAACCUGACCACGGAGAGUUCGCCAUUUAGUGUGGUUGGGUGGGCAAACGAGGAGAGUAGAAUUAUAGUGAUGCGGCCGACAGGAUGCAGAAGAUGAAAAUUUACGGAUUUUAAAAUAUAAAGCAUACAUAUAGACUUAAUUAUGUAUGUGUGCUGUCUUAAUACUCGAACAAAUUAAAAUACACUCGAAUCAAAAACUAUUGAUUCACUUGUUUUAGAUUUUA